AUGUCUUCCGACCCAAAAUCUCCUAUGCCAUCAUCAGCGGACUGGGUAAUCAUUCUCACUGACCUCCAGGAACAUUCCGUGAAGUGGAGUUGGAAUCGACAACACCCUGAGCCUCCCCUCCCUGCGAGAAAGGCUGCUCGUCUCAAGGCUCAAAUCAAUGCGCUUUUCAAUCGUGCCGUGGCUACGAACCUUGAAUUAUCCCUCAAACCGCUAGCAUUUCAAGGGGGCUGUGAUCAGCAUUUUGUGGACAAUGAGUACAAGCAACCACUGUGCUGGCGAGUCUCCCGCAAGACUAAUGGACCUGCAGUCGAACCAAUGUACGGCCUCCUUGGAGACUUGGGUAUCAUGAUUGCAGUCGACUAUGACCAUGGUCAUGAGUUCGAGCGCUUACACGGCUUCUUUUUCAUCUUCAUCUCUUCUACAGUCAUCUCAUGGUUGACAGUAGCAGUUCAGCUCUGUCGUCUCUGCAAAGCUGCAGCAAAGGGCAACGACUAA